GGGACCGACCUGCCCUGGCUCACUCCCUCCUGCCCGCCAUCCCUGGCCGAGGCACCUGUUCCUGGUGGCGCAGCUCCUGGUGGCGCAGAGCGCGGGCCCGGGCAGCGCGGAAAGCAGGGCGGAGCAGGUCCCAGGAGGCCAGCUUCGCAGCGCACCUGGUGCUGAGCGAGCGUGUCCUGGAGGAGGAGAAGGCGAGGAGAGGCCCAGGAGUAAUGGCGUCCAAAGAGCAACAAGUCAUGAAAAAUGUCGCUGUGAAGAAUGACGAAAAGGAUGAGGCAAGGAAGGCCUCCCAGCAAAGUGAAGAAGAAUCCCACAGCUUGGACAAGGUUGAAAACAAGAAGCCUGGAGGAAAUGUCAGAAGGGGACGAGUCAGGCGACUUGUGCCUAACUUUCUAUGGGCCAUACCAAAUAGACAUGUUAAUCACAAUGAAGCGGGAGAGGGUGUUGGAAAGUUUGUAGGGCAGGUGAUGGAAAGCAAGAGAAAGACUAAGGAGCAGCAGAUGAGGCCUUAUGGGCGUCUCCAAACACCAGAACCUGAUAAUCACUACGACUUUUGCCUCAUACCUUAAAAUGCAAGCUUUUCUCUGAGCUCAGAAAGUGGCUAGUGUUUUACAAGCUUGUAUUUAGUGAGGCACUUUUUCUGCAAACUUUGGUGUUUGCAGUUUGAUUGUUGCAUUUAAUUCUAUACAUUCCUAUCAGCAUGACAAUUUAAUAAAUUUUAAGAAGAAAUCUUUUUCAUGAUUUGAAAUUAAUAAAGCAAUUUAAAAGGCA